GCACACUGAAUACAUUGUAUGCCUCUUAACUUUGCCAGGUAAACAAUGCAGUUCAAUGCCAGUGGGAAACUUUAUACCACCACCGAUUUUUUUUCUGUUUAAUAUGUUCCCCUGUGACAACAGCACAGUUAACAAAGUCUUAAUAUUCCCAUAACAAUUUAGAAAUCCUGUGUACCUGGGCAGGAGGCCACAGAAGCACAGUAAUAGGAGAGGAUUCUAGUAAACAAACGUAAGGCAACGCAAACAGGCUUCAUCCCGGACAGAGCCGUCCUUGUGCAAGGGUCAGUUUUUGUGUAAUGUUUGCCAGGGGGGCUGUACACAGGCUGAGCCUUAUAAAGCCAUCUCCCUCCAGCAUUCUUCUUCCUGAAUGUGAUAUCUGGCCAGCAGAAUGUGGAGAUCAACUCUAGGACUGUUCCUGCUCCUGACCGUCAUUCAUGGAGGAGAUUUUGCAGAAUCUGACCCGAAAUAUAUGCUGUUGGUUCCUACUGUCUUAAAGACCAACAAUGAACAGAAAUUCUGCCUGCAGUUGUCCCAUCUUAAUGAAUCUAUUACUGUGAUGGUGGCCUUGGAAACAGGAACCCAGAACAUAACCUUACUGCAGAAAGAAGUGACACAACCUGAAGAAGACAACUGUGUCACUUUUAAAACUCCUGCUUUUGAUGAAGCAAAGGUGGGAUUCAUCACUCUAGAUGCUGAGGGCAACACGUUACACUUUAGGGCAAGAAGAAGCGUUCUCAUCAGACCUCUAGAAAACCUGGUCUUUAUCCAAUCUGACAAACCCAUCUACAAACCUGGACAGGAAGUCAAGUUUCGUAUUGCUGCUUUGGAUGAAACGUUUCAUGCAGUGCAUGAGAAGUUUCCUGUCGUUUAUGUUGAGGAUCCUCAAAGAAAUCGUAUUGUCCAAUGGCUGAAUGUAGAGACAAAAAAAGGAAUUGCACAAGAGUCCUUUCUCCUAACUUCUGAGCCUCGAUUGGGAACGUAUAAAUUGGUUGCUCAAAGGCAAAAGGGCUUACAGAUCGAACAAAGCUUUACCGUGGAGGAAUAUGUGCUACCUAAAUAUGAGGUGAAGGUGACAGUCCCCUCAGUUAUUACCAUUCUAGAUGAAGAAGUUGAAGUGAAAGUAUGUGGCAAGUACACCUAUGGAAAACCAGUUGCAGGGACAAUCGAUGCCCAAGUUUGCAGGAAGUUCUCGAACAGUUAUUCCAACUGUGCUAUGGAAGAAAAAAGCGUAUGUGAGGACUUCUCACAUCAGGCCGAUAAAAAUGGAUGUUUCUCACAAGUGGUAAAGACCAAACUUUUCCAGCUAAAACGUUCUGGAUAUGAGAUGAAACUUAUUGUAAGUGCAAAAAUAACAGAGGAAGGGACAGGAAUCGUGCUGACGGGGGAGGGACAAUCCGAGAUCAAGAAGACUAUUGCUAAAGUAUCAAUCCUACAGCUGGAUUCCCACUAUAAGAAGGGCAUUCCCUUGUAUGGGCAGAUUUUUCUAGAAGAUGCCUCUGGCAAACCAAUUCCAAAUGAGAAUGUGACAAUCUUUGUAAAUUAUGAUCGUAAAAACUUCACUUACACAACCGGACCAGAUGGGACCGCAGGUUUUUCUAUCGACACCAAGGAUUUUCCUGCAUCAUCCAUCACCAUCAAGGCCCGUUACAAGACCUCAGACAGGUGUUACAGUCAUUCCACAUUGUUUCCAGUCUAUGAGGAGGCUUCAAAGACCAUCCAACAUUUCUACUCCAGGACUAAGAGCUUUCUAAAGAUCCAGCCCGUAUACAAGACUCUGACCUGUGAAAAUGAUGAGACGUUUACAGUAUUCUAUGCUCUAACCCAAGAAGGGGUUGGAAAUGUUCCUGGUGUGGUGUUUCACCAUCUGGUGAUGGCAAAAGGAGAAAUUAUCGACUUUGGAAAGCACGAGGUGAAGUUAACUUCAGAUCAAGAGUCACAUGGACAGUUUACAUUUAAUCUUCCUGUAAAUGUUAAUACUGCCCCCUUGGCUAAAGUGCUGGUGUACCUUGUUCUGGAAAGUGGUGAGGUGAUUGCGGAUAGUGUCGACUUCAAAGUAGAGAAGUGUUUUACAAACAAGGUGAAGCUCUCCUUUUCGGCCAGUGAAGCUCUCCCAGGAUCAGAAGUCGAUCUCACACUCUUUGCUCAACCAAACUCUCUUUGUGCAUUGAGGGCUGUAGAUGUCAGUGUUUCACUGUUGAAACCCGAGGCCGAGCUGUCAGCGAAAUCGGUAUAUGAUCUGUUGCCAGUUACUGACCUGUCUGGUUACAAUCAUAAUGGAAAUUACUUAGAAGAAGAACGGGAGGAUCCUUGCUUAAAGUUGGAUCCUAUCUUUAUGAACGGAGUGUACUAUACACCAUCCACCCCUACCUGGGACACUGACACCUAUGCCAUCUUAAAGAACUUGGGUCUCAAAGUUGCCACAAAUACGAUGAUCAGAACUCCAGUGGUCUGCGCACAUCAUGAAGCAAGAUAUUCUUAUUAUGAUGGCAGAGGACAAGACGUAGACGAAAUGUGGGCCCCAGGAUCUGCAGGGGUUAGUUACCUGGCUCGAGGAGAACCAAUGGCUAUGCCCCUAAUAUACGAGUCUGUAGAAAGUGGAGAACUUAUUGAAACUGUCAGGAAGUUGUUCCCUGAAACCUGGCUGUGGGACUUGAUUGAGAUUGAUUCCAUUGGACAUUCUAAUUUAAAGCUGACUGUACCAGACACUAUCACUACAUGGAAAGUUGGCAUGUUCUGCACAUCGGAGGAAAAUGGCUUUGGUCUUGUACAGCCAACCUCACUGGUAACUUUCCAGCCUUUUUUCCUGGAGGCUACUGUGCCAUACUCAGCAAUCCGAGGCGAAAAGUUUAAUUUGAAGGCCACUGUUUUCAAUUACCUCAAGCAAACCAUAAGGAUAAACGUCAAUUUGGAAAAAUCUGAUGAGUUCACAGCUAAAAAAUUAAGCAGUGAUGACGAUCACGAUGCUUACUGCAUAGACGCGAAUGGCAGAGUGACCGUAUCUUGGGAAGUGACGCUAAUAUCUCUAGGUGAAGUAAACUUUACAAUAAGUGCACAGACUCUUCCUGGAGAAGGCCUUUGUGGCAAUGAGAUUGUGAAUCCAGCACAAGGCAGGAAGGACACAGUUAUUAAACCUAUUUUAGUUGAGCCAGAGGGUAUGGAAAAAGAAGAAACUCAGAGCACUAUGAUCUGCAGCAAAGGUGCUGAUAUUUCUGAGCAUAUCUCACUUAAGCUUCCAGAACAAGUGGUGGAAGGUUCUCCUCGUGCUUUCUUCUCUGUUAUCGGGGAUGUCAUGGGAACUUCAAUGCAGAAUUUGGGGAAUCUUCUUCAGAUGCCAUUUGGAUGUGGAGAGCAAAACAUGGUCCUGUUCACUCCUAAUAUUUUUAUUUUGGAGUAUCUCAAUAAAACAAAUCAGCUUACCCCAAAGAUUAAAGCAAAAGCCCUGAGCUACCUGAGUACUGGAUAUCAAAAACAACUGGCUUAUAAACACAGUGAUGGAUCCUACAGUGCAUUUGGACCUGGAUAUGGAAGAGGAGAUUCAGGAAAUACCUGGUUGACGGCCUUUGUCAUGAAGUCAUUUGCCAGAGCCCAGUCCUACAUAUACAUUGAUCCUCAGCACACGUCUGAUGCUCUUGCUUGGCUUACUCAGCGACAGAAAUAUAAUGGUUGCUUCCAAAAUGUUGGCUCUCUCUUCAACAAUGCCAUGAAGGGUGGAGUAGAUGAUGAAGUCACACUGUCUGCAUACAUUACCAUAGCUUUAUUGGAAUAUCCCUUACCUACACAGGAUGUUGUAGUCAGAAAUGCAUUGUUCUGUCUGGAGACCGCAAUGAGCCAUGAAAACCACAUAUAUACUCAAGCAUUAAUGGCUUAUGCCUUUACCCUUGCUGGAAGAAUGGACCUUCGUCUUCAGCUCUUUCAAUCUCUGGAAGAAAAGGCCGUGAAGAACGGUAAUACAGUCCAUUGGCAUCGCCCAGAAUUCUCAGAACUUUCCAGUAUAGUGAGACCUCCCCACAGUAGAGCAGCAUCUAUCGAAGUGGAAAUGACCUCUUAUGUGCUGCUGGCCAUGUUGUCCAAACCGGACGUCAUUGCUGAAGACUUGACAGGAGCCACAAAAGUUGUCACUUGGCUCAUAGAACAACAGAACCCCACAGGAGGGUUUUCUUCUACACAGGACACAGUUGUUGCCCUUCAGGCACUCUCCCUUUAUGGUUAUCAUGCUGUCAGCCAUGAUGGUCCCCGAGUAGUCACCUUAGCCUUGAACAAUGCCCCAGUUGUCAAAUUCAACGUAGAAGACUCUAACCGGCUUCUCCUGCAGAAGGUUCCCUUGUCAAGUGUGCCUGGUGAAUAUACCGCCACUGUCAGUGGAUCUGGUUGUUUGUAUAUACAGACUAACUUGAAAUACAAUGUGCCCCAUCCUGAAGGAGAAGCACCAUUUACAAUUUCAAUAUCUACAGUGCCGGAGACCUGUAAUGUCAAGUCUCUAAAAUCAUUUACCAUCCAAGCCAAUGUCAGUUACAUUGGCAAGAGAGAAAAUUCAAAUAUGGCAUUAGUGGACAUCAAGCUGCCAUCCGGAUACACCCCGGUCAAGUCUUCUGUCAGAGAGCUACAGAGACGCAAUUCAAUUAGCAGGGCAGAGGCGCAUCCCAAUAAAGUUAUUGUGUACUUUGAGAAGCUGGAUAAAGAAGUGAAGACCUUCUCCUUCUCAGUUGAACAAGAAAUUCCUGUUGGAAACCUUCAGGCAGCUACUGCAACCAUCCUAGAUUACUAUGAGACAGAUGACAUCGCUGUGACAAAAUACUACCACCCCUGUAGCAACAACGGUAAUGUAUCGAAGAACGAUGAGUAGAACAUCACGGAAUAGGAGAUGGAAACAUCAGAAAAUCUGUGAGGCCUUAUGAGGAAAAUAGACCCUGAGUGUUUCAUAAUUCCAGUAUAAUAUAUCUUUUCUUUACACAGAGUAUCCGGUGCUCCUUUUUUUAUAUGUUGAUGUUUUAUGUGAUUUUUAAGUCAGAUUAAAGCAACUGUUCUAUUAUA